GGAAAGGGGAGGGAAUGUGAGUCAGGGGAGGUGAAAGGGGAAGCCCUUUUCUAUGUCGGAAAAGUUCACUUCACACCCAUUCUACCUAAACAUCGCCUGGACAAAUCUCUGCAUCAUCUCAAGUUUAGCAAAUUAGGACAGUCAAAAUGGCUUUGGUAUCAGAGUUUCUGGGGCAGCUGUCUCUCAAUGUUGGGUCCUGUGAACCCAAAUAUCCCACUGUGGUACCUGCGGCGGACUUCGACCCUGACAGAGAUGCUGCCAGAAUAGAAACUGCUAUCAAAACCAAAGGAGUGGAUGAACAAACCAUCAUUGAUGUCCUAACAAAGCGGACCUACGCACAAAGGAGAGAGAUUGCUUUUGCAUAUGAACGGAGGGCAAAGAAGGACAUGAUCACAGCCCUGAAGGGAGCGCUGUCUGGCUCUCUGGAAGCAGUGAUACUUGGACUGAUGAAGAGCACGUCCCAGUACGAUGCCUCAGAGAUCAGAGGAUCUAUCAAGGGCUUAGGAACAGAUGAAGAAACGCUGAUUGAGAUUUUGUGCUCACGCAGCAAUGAAGAGCUGGUAGACAUCAAGAAGGUCUACAAGGAGCUGUUCAAGACGGACCUGCAGAAAGACGUUAAAGGUGACACUUCUGGCAACUUUGCUAAGCUGCUCUUGGCUCUGGUGGAGACCAAAAGAGCUGAACCAUCUGCUAUUGUAGACUAUGAAAAGAUUGAUGAAGAUGCCAGAGCUCUCUAUGACGCUGGAGUAAAAAUAAAAGGAACUGAUGUUGCGACGUGGAUUUCCAUUAUGAGUGAGAGAAGUGUACCCCACCUGCAAAAAGUGUUUCAGAGGUACAAGAGUUACAGCCCCUACGACAUGCAGGAGAGCAUUGUGAAGGAAGUUAAAGGAGACUUGCAGAAGUCCUUUCUGGUGCUAGCUCAGUGCUUUGAAAACAAACAGCUGUUCUUCGCCAAAAGACUGAAUGAAGCCAUGAAGAGUAAAGGAGCGAAAGAGAAGAUAGUGACCAGAAUUAUUGUGUCACGCUGCGAGGUGGACCUGAAGAAGAUCGGUUCUGAAUACAAGACCAACUUUGGACAGUCUCUGCAAAAGACUAUUCUGGAACACACCAAGGGAGACUACCAGAAGGUGCUGCUCAGCCUGUGUGGACCGGAAGAAUAAAAAUGAAUCAUCAGUAUUUUAAAAGGGCCUCACUUUCCACCACUGGAAAGUUGCAAUGGAAAAGUGGGCUUAUGAUAAUCACACGCCCAUCAUUUUCUGCACACACAUUUGAAUAUAACAUUCACCUGAAGAAUCUCUUUUACUUUUAUUAUAGCAAACGGCAAUAAAUUUGCUUUGUUGUAGUUUU